AUGCAUACAAUAACAUUGAAAUUUUUAGAUUAGUCAAUUGAACGAAAAUAUUAAUAAGAACAUCAAAUUCCUAAAAGAAGAACUCAUAUAAAAAUAUUUAUGUCGUUUUUCAUUGUUCUUUAGAUUAUUAAGCUUGCUAUAGUCUUAAUUAUUUAAAAUUAUUCAGUAGCUUAUCCUAUUUUAGGAAUGAUGGGAUGCACUGCCCUUACAAAACUCUUUAAUAUUAAUAAAGAAAAUCAUUAGCGAGCGUUAAUCAUGUAUAUCAACAUUUGUUUUACAAUUUACGUGCUCUUUUUCGAUCCCCAUUCGGAUGCUCCAACUAUGUAUUUCAGAGGAGCUCAUUAAAUGAUUAUAAAUGUUAUAAAUAUCAUAGGAUCUGAGUUUAUAGAUUCAACUUUGUCCCUUACUGUUUUGUACUCAUUGAGAUUGCUACACUUAAUCUAAAAUAGUGGAAGUAUUGAAAUCACAUCCAUCAUAUUGGCCAUCGGAUCUAAUUUGUCAUUGCUCCUAAUUGUCUAUUUAUAUCAUACAGCAAUAAGAUCACAAUUCCUCUUAACUCAGGUUGACUAGAGAUGGGAAAAUAUAUUAAAGUAAAUUCUAAAUAAUUCAAAAUUUAUAUUGAUUAAUUUUUAAAUCGAAAAAUUGUAAUACUAGAGUGUCACAUCAACAUUUUCACAAGCAAUCCAAUCAAAAGAAGAAGUUCUUAACUUUUUAAGAGAAGCCAAAAUAGAAAAUGGUUCCUUUGAACAAUACUUAUUUCAUAAGAUAUAAGAUUACUCUUCAAAUUAUUAGGAAAUUUUAAAUCAUUCAGUAAAUGUUAAAUUUAAUAAAUAAUUAAUGUAAGUUGAUUUUUCUAUCUUUUUUGGAAAUUAACCUACGAUUCUAAUUUAGACAAGGUCGUCAAAAUUCCAUUCCUAAAAUUAAGAAAUUUAGAAAGUUUGUUAAUAAUAUCUAAAAUUGUUAAUUGUUUUUAUUAGGAUAAUAAAAGAGAAUAUUGCAUUUGAUAAAAUAUAAUUCCAUGGGUUGUCUAAUAAAAUUUAAUUUCAAGAUUUGAUGAUAAAAAUAUGGAGUUCAGAAUUACAUUGUAAAACUAUAAGUUUAAAGAAAUCCUUAACUAAAAUACAAAAAUUUUGUAAUCCAAACACUAAAAUUUAAUUGGUCAGUCCAAAUUAUAUCAUAAAUACUAUUCCGAAAAUAUUAUAUUUAUUACUAGCUUUCAUUGUUGAUUGCUAAACUAGUGAAUUGGUCAUUAUUAAAGGCGAGAUUUUGGACAAUAAUUUGAAAAGAAUUAAAAUGUAGGGAAAAUUCAAUAUUCGUAAAUUAAAUUAUUAUACAUUCAAAAUAAAGUAUUAUUUGCUUCUCAUUUGCAAGGAAAUCAAUGCAGAAUAAUUUUGUAUUAAAUCUUAUUUAUAUCUUUAGGUAUUGAUCUUUAGUUAAAUGAUGAAAUCCUCUCACCAUUCACAAAUGUAAUCAUGCCUCAAUUAAAUUUUGGAUACAUCAAGAAUAAUGCAAUUUAAUGA